CCGUGAAGCUCACCAUGCCCUAUUUGCAAUGGAAAACAUGAGAAUUAUGGAUUACAUGGUGAAUGGUAUAAAAAUGAAACAGAAUAUUGCCUUACCUGCAACAGUUCAAGCAAUGAACUCAAGUUUGUGA